AUGACUGCCGACAAUCAGACUGUCGUCGUCUCUCCCUGCUUCAAGCCCACCGACCUCGAGACUCUACACGAAUUAGCCUCCCUCAAAGCCCAUCUCGAUCCAACUUCGUUCAGAAAUGCAGCCUUGAACGACAUUGAUCCCCCAUCUGAUCCUCUCGGCCCAAUUUCAGAGCUAUCUUCCGACGGCAUGACGUUCUCCUCUUCUCCAGUGUUAUAUCCCGCCAGCUCAUCACCUCCUGUACCGUCACUUGCUCGAAAACGCAAGCUCUUUCAACCGUUCCCGGGCAAUGCGCAAUCGAAAAAGCAAAAGGUCAUAGGAGGAUUUCUGGCUGACAGCGAUGAGGAGAGAGAUGAAGAAGAGAAAGGACCCGAAGAAAGGCCGCUCCGUUCGGCGAAUACUGAGGGCGAGCCCGUUCUUCCGCCGCUGGAACCAGAAACGAGUCGAACCUGCCCCGACAUUCGGAACGAUGUUGACGGCCUAAACAUUAUCCCACCAGGACCUGCACUUGCUCCGCGAUCAUUUAUGAGAAGACUAGUGUCAAAGACUGUAUCAGUUCAGAUGUCAUCCGGCCAGGAAGUUAAGAUUCAGCCCAGGGAAAAACCAAGCACCCAAUCAUACGAAUCCAUCAUUGCGGAACGCUCAAUAACAGCACCAGGUCGCGCCAGAAGGUCAUAUUAUGGCAUUGAUAUCCAUAAACUGAUGGAUGAUGCAAAGACUCAGCGUCAAUUAGAUCAAUAUGCCACACAGGCCCAGAAAGCCAAAGUUGAUGCCCCUGCAGGCGAGGCUCAAGUGUCGAUUCAAACAUCCACCUCAAAACCGAUGGAGCACCAGAUGUGGGCAGAAAAGUACCGGGCCAAAAAGUUUACUGAACUGGUCGGUGAUGAGAGAACACACAGAUCUGUCCUUCGGUGGCUCAAAUGGUGGGAUGACAUCGUUUUCCCCGGCAGUACUAAAAUGAAAGCGAUGCGGAAGUUCGACGCUGUAGACCCGGAGCAGUAUCAACAUAAAAAGAUUCUCCUUCUUACGGGACCUCCAGGACUUGGCAAGACGACCCUUGCUCAUGUAUGUGCCAAGCAAGCUGGAUAUGAAGUGCUGGAGAUCAACGCCAGUGACGAUCGAUCCAAAGAUGUUGUCAGAGGUCGUAUCAAGGACGUCCUUGGCACGGAGACCGUUCGUGGUAUUAAAGAGGACGGCAAAGCUCGAAAGGCUGGUCGGCCGAUAUGUGUCGUCGUGGAUGAAGUCGAUGGUGUGACGACAGGAUCAGCGUCAGCUGGAGGUGAAGGAGGAUUUGUCAAGGCUCUACUUGACCUCGUGCAGCUUGAUCAACGCAAUUCCAACAAAGCUGGCAAUGGAAAGCUUCAAGGUCCCAAAAAGGGUGACCGAUUCAGGAUGCUUCGGCCGCUCAUUUUGGUCUGCAAUGAUGUUUAUGCUCCGUCACUACGACCACUGCGAACCUCGCCCAUGGCAGAGAUUGUUCAUGUGCGAAAAGCACCAAUCGACAAGGUGAUAGCCCGGAUCAAGACGGUUUUCGAAAGGGAGUCCAUUGCAUGUGAUAAUGAUGCCGUCAGACGACUCUGUGAAAACGCUUGGGGUUUGGCCAUGCGGAAACAGAGAGGUCCGGGAGCUCGGGGCUCCGGCGAAGGAGAUAUUCGGGGGGUUCUCGUCGAGGCGGAAGGCAUCGCGCGUAAGCUAAGGCACUCUGGAACAGGUAUGCGGCUGACUAGGCAAUGGCUGGAGCCUCAUCUUGGAAAUACACAGCAAGGACAAAAGGGCCUGGGACGAGGUGGGGUCCGGGAAGUGGUUGAAAGAGUCUUUCUUGAAGGCGCUGGGCUUCCUAAUCUUCCCACGGCGUUGAGUGCGGAAGAUGCACGGCUCAUUGCAGACUCGAACACCAAUCCGAUCGGUAUCGCCGAUUUGCGCAAACGCGUAGCUAUUACAGCUUUGAGGGAGAUGGUCGACACCUGUGGCGAGCAUGAUCGACUGAUGACGGAUUGUUUCGCGACCUACCCCACACAAGUCUUCCAGGACGAUGUGUACUUGACCAAACCAAAUGCAGGCUACGAGUGGUUGCACUUGCAUGACCGUUUGUCAAGUCGAGUUUUUUCUGGACAGGAAUGGGAGCUGACGCCGUAUUUGAGCACGGGUGCGUGUGGGUUCCACCAUCUGUUCGCAUCCAUCAACAAAGGCGCGAGAGGUUGGAACGAGGACCCUUCCAAGGUGGAGGAGGAUGCGGUCAAACAACACCCCUUCAGCGGCCCAAAAGCUGACUUUGCUGCUUAUGAGGCAGAGAAGCAGAACCGGGCUCUAUUGACGGAGAUGCAGUCAUCAUUCUCAGGAUCCCUGCUCCGACUGUUCAGUUCUGUUGACGCAAUUGCCAUGGAGUUAGUGCCCAGUGUGGGACGUAUCCUAGCACCGGAUGUGAAGCCAGUGGUCAUCGGAGGCAGUGGUGGUGCAUCGAGUAUCGCCAGUGUUAGGAAGGAGAGCGAGAAGCAGUGUGUGCGAAGUGCGGUGCGUGCAAUGCUGGCGCUGAAUGUCAGCUUUGACAAGGUUCGACUUGAAGUGGAAGGCGGCGGCGCGCACUCCAAUGGUGGAUAUGUGUACCGGAUGGAACCGCCUCUCGACAAUCUUCUCGCCUACCAUUUCGAAGACAGAGCUGCGUCUAAAGCACCUGUGAGGUACGCUGUUCGACAGGUGCUAGACCAGGAACUCAGGAAGGAGAAGCUUCUGCAAAACAGUCUUGCUCGUCAGGCUCGUGGCUCUGGGGAUCUCCUAGACGCGAUACAGACCUGCGAAGAAGACAAAGAGAAUGUCGGUGCAGGUUCAACAGACAAGAUCAAGCAGGCCAUGAAUAGCCUGGGUGGAAAGAGGGAUUUUUUCGGACGAAUUGUCAACGAAGUUCGACCCAUGUCGGCUGGCAACGUCUCGAACAAGCCAGAAUCCGUUGCAGCAAAAGACGGUGGCGGGCGAGUGUGGGUGAGCUUUCACGAAGGGUUUUCCAACGCAGUCAGAAAGCCGAUCACAUUGCGAGAGCUGUUAGAAGGCUUUUGA